AUGAAUUGCUCUCGCAAUCAUACCAUUACCUAUUGUCAUAAGCAACGUAUUUUCAAAAACAAUAAAAAGGUCGAGACAAGAUUUUCAACUCAUAAAUACCCUUUGGCUUCUGUUUCGAAGAGUCGAGAAAACAUUUUGGUCGCCUUACAUUGAUAAUGAUUUCCUGUAUGAGAUGCGCCUGCAGGGAAUCAUGGUUGUUGUAUAUUCAUCAAAACAAAUAUCUAGUCCAACAAAACAGCGUUCGAGUCAUUGCUGUAGAUGUCAUUCCAGUGUAAGUUGCGAAACGAGGAGUUUUCAGAAGGCAAGCAAUCGUCUACACUGUCCGCCAUCUUGGCCUGGACUUUAUUUUGAUGAAUACAACUGCUAUGAUUCCUGAUUGGCGCAUCUCCUCGAGGGAAUUGGGGAUGCAUUACUGGGAUCACAGGAUAAGUGGAUGGCGUGAGGAUAAGUGUCAAUAGUUUAUUUUGUGACGAACGCGAACAUGUAAAAACUGUCUUCGUCUUCGACCGGUUCUAGGCGCUGAAGGAACGUUUUCUGGAUUCUGUGAGUAUUGAUAUUCAGUCAAUAUUGCAACGGUUUAAUUAUUUACGACGAUGCAUGGCUCUUUGAAAAUGUUUCUUUCGUCUUACACGUAUGAUCAAUUUGGAAAACGCAUGUUAACGGUUUUAAUAGCCCUGCAAACAUUAGAAAUACAACAUGUUUGUUUAAAACGUCCGACGCCUCUCGCGAUUUUCUCAUCAAAAGGCUUGGAUAUUGAGAUAAAGCUAUGUUUUGCGUUAUGUUCUGACAUUCACCAUAUUCUAAAACAUGACGCACUACUACCGACAUUGUUUUUCUAUCGAUCUGGGUAUUUCCAUACUAAGCCAUUUUUGAUGAAAACCCACUUGUUUUCAACCUUAAAUGUGAGCGGUCUCAGAUAUCUCCGUUCUGAAAUUUUAACUUUUCAUGUCGUUGGCAGGUCCUUACAUCGCCGUCAGAAUUAAAACACAAGUCAUGUUGUUACUCAAUAUUUUAUCGGCCUCCACGUCGCUUUUUCAACGCCGUGUUGCAUGUCGGAAUUCUGUUCGUCUAAAUAAAGCGUUAGUUAUUUAAUAUGCAUGUGCUAUUAUUAAAAAACGGUAAAAACAAUGCAGCAUGUUUAAACGACGAACAAGUUUCGGCCAAGUUUUUAAAUUACAUUGCUCACAUUCAUCUCUCCAUUUCCAAAUCCAAAUACACUUGCUCGUACACGGAAUACGCCCAAAAGACACCAAGAUAAAUUGUUGAUUUUCACUGUCAUGCCAUCAAAAAUUCAUAAUCGUAACCAGUCAAUAAAUAAAUUCAAAAACCUGCUAAAUUUCACUCGAUUGAUAUACAAACGACCUCGCCAAGAUUAAGAUGCGGUUUUGCAUUCGCACUUCAUUCAAUUUUUUCGAGCUUCGUAUGGAGGGGCACCAAUAUGACGGCCGCAACAGAAACAUCUGUCAGUGAGUUUUGCUUUUAACACGCAAUUUUGUUACUCUAAAGCUCGGACACAUUGAAAUUAAUGCUUCUUCUUAUGAAAGAACUGUCCAGUUAGCAAAAAAGUAAGCGACAACUCAUCUAUGUCGUCACUAGUCUAUAAAUAAAGCCAAGAACCUGCUAGUUGUUACACGUUUGAUAUACAAACGACCUCUCCAAGAUUAAGAUGCGGUUUUUGAUUCGCACCAUAAUAAUUCGGAAAAAAAUGUUUCAAUUUUUUCGAGCUUUGUAUGGAGGGGCACGAAUAUGGCGGCCGUAACGCAAGAAAAACAUCUGUCAUAGAGUUUUGCUUUUACAACACACCUUUAUUACCUAAAGCUCGGACACAUCUUUUGUGAACCGUCCAUUUUUGUCAAAAAUCUAGUAGCAGGAACUGAGUUUCGUCCCUAUGACUUGUCCCACGAAUUCAAACUGGUUUAAAUUUAAGGCACAACUCGCCGGAAACCUACAAGUGAACUGUUCGUGGGACAAGUCGGGGUGAUACUCCCGGGACUUGUCCCCUCGUGCGUGCCGACCUUUAAAGUUAUGCUUCUGUUAAAAUCGCUGAAAGUAGGUAAGGACAUCAAACGCGCUCUUACAGAACAGAUUUUGUUGCUUCAUUUCAAUAGUAUAGUAAAUUGCCGACACAACUGGACUAUACCGAAUUUGUAAUCCGGACAUCUCCGAGAAACGCUGAAUGUGAACACUAAUAUAUACCAUUUGUUGUUGGGGGCUAUUGGAGCAACUCCGAGAGGAUUAUAUAUAGAAUUUCGUGUGAAGGAGAGGAAUGAGAAUUUGUCUAAAUGAAAUUGGAAGAAUGCCUUUUUGAAAAGCUUUCUUAAUUGCUCUGGCUACAAGAUGUGACAUGCAUCAGAAUGGUGAUAUCAGUAUUUUUAUAAUAAUAGAUUGAUCAGACAUUACUUGAGAUGGACCCCAAUGCAUUCAAAUACUCCUUUUGUCCUUUACCUCCAGGUAAACAAUGAAGAAGCUUCUCAUCAAAAGCUUUUUCAGGCUUAUUUUCUCCUAUGUCUACGCCUUUGUUGGAGGAUGUAUUUUGUAUGUAAUUGAAAGGAAACCUGAAACCAAUGAAGAGAUUUCUUCAAGACUUUCGAUAAAACUUCAUCGAGACUUUACCAAUCAAUUUAACAUUUCAAUAAACGAAAGCGAUUUUAAAUGUUUCAUGCAGAAAGCCUUUGAGGUCGUAACGGUUGGAAACAAAAUGGACUGGAGCAUUCUUAGUGGUCUUAGUUUUACGAUGACGUCAUUGACAACCAUUGGUUAUGGCCACAUUACACCAGAAACUCCACUUGGACAAAUUGUCACAGUGCUGUAUUGUAUAAUUGGUCUUCCUGUGGCGAUGCUUGCAUUAAAAACACUCGGAGAAGUAGUUUCUAAGAUAGUUUACAAGUUCAUCUACCUGGUGGAGACAAAGAUACUUUGCAGGAAAAGACCUCGAAGGGUUAAAAUAAAAACCUUUUUGACAACAUUUACGCUAAUGAUUUUGACCUUGUGUGCUGGCGGACUGACGCAAGUGUACCUGGAGGGCUGGACUUUUAUAGAAGGCUUUUACGCUUGGUUCGUCACACUCUCUACAAUUGGCUAUGGUGACUAUCUGCCCGCUUUGGAUUUACUUCGUAAGGCAAAGAAAUCUACAGACUCGGAGAUAAGCCUUUUGCUUAUCAUCUCCGCAUCUGCGCUACCCUGCCUAGCGGGGCUCUGCAUGGUCUCAGGGGUUCUUAAUUCGCUCGUUGAAGUGGUUGAAGAGUCUAGAAUCGUUAAAAACUACAAAAUGAUCAUGAAGAAAACUGAAAAAUUGAAAGAAGAACGAGAUGAGCUCAAGUUUUCUAGUGGACAUAAAAAAGAGAGUGAUCAUGAUGACGAAUUUGUUUUAACCAUAAUACCUAAAAGGCCACGAUCAGCCUCAAUUUAACUCGAGUCACAAAUCAAGAAAAAAUGCCGUGGCCCUGGGAGACCAAGUGGUAUAACCCUAGUUUAACGAUCAGC